CUUGUUGAUGGUCAUAUCCUUCAUCAUAAUAAAAUAUUAAUUCAUUUUGAUGAAUGGUAAACUCAGUGAGUGAGUGUCGCUCAGUUUACUCAACAGGAAAUGUGAAAUACUGCUAAAUGCCUACUCUAAACGACUAUCCAUGCUCUUUCAUUAUGUCAAGAAAUAAUAAUAAUAAUGUGUUGUCAUAACACCGCGCAUUGAAUUCACAAUAUUAAAACAAUUAAGCUAAUCAAGUAUGUUGGUGCUGUUAUUGCUUUCCACAUCUCACUGGAACAAAUUAUGCUUGCUACUCUUCCUGCUUAUAAGAAUAUCAUCCAACAUUCAAGAGCAUAUGACUCAAUUUAUUCCGUCAACAAAUUGCAAUCAAAAAAUUUAUCAAACAAUUAGCGAUACAAAUGAACAAGUUUCAGCUUUAUGUUGGUUAGCUGAUGCCAAUUUCACAUCGUUACAACUGCUGGACAGUUGUUUAGGUCUUAAUCUUGGUUGGACAGUUCAACCACCAAGUCAAUGGAAUACUUUCGAAACGAUAACAAUAAAAUUUCGUAUUAACACUGGCAGUUCAUUUUAUGGAUAUGCAACACAACUCAAUGUAUUUUCACGUAUCCCAUUAAUAAGUACAAGUAUUGAUGCAUCUUCAUAUUGUUCUGCUGAACUCUGCAAAAUAUUUAAUGUCGAAAAUACAUGCUGUGUAUGGCAUAUCAGUCUAUUUAUGGAAAGUGUGCCCUCUCCGAAUGGAGCAGCAUUUACCUCAAAAGUGUGUGAUUUCAACAAUUUUAACAAUGCCACUAUACCAGUUUACUCUGGUUCAUCGCUGAAUUCAGAAUGGAAUGUUUUGGUUCCAAGUGUUACACUCCCAGGAAUCUACUUACUAUUUAUUCGUAUACUGAUUGGAAGAUUUCAAGGGACUUUUAUCAAGAAGGUGACAAUUUCAACUUCAGAAUCGCACAAACUAACAAACACAUUGCAAAUAGCCGAAAUCGUACUCAUUGUCCUGGCCAGUAUACUAAUAUUAACUAUGCUUAGUGGAUUUUUAUACUAUCUUAAAACAAAGAAGAGGAAAGAGAAAACAGAUGAGGAAACUUGGGUAAUUCAACCAGACACAAUCUCUGAAAUUGACCCCGAAGAUAAAUGGUUUAAAUUAUUCUUAUCCCGUUCAACUAACUGCUCCCUGGUAAUGAUUGGAAAUACUCCUGUAGCAAUGAAGAAAGUCGAUGUGAAAUAUACUUCGUUAACUAAAGAAAUGGAAAAACAACUUUGGCAAGUUAAAAAAAUGAAACAUGAAAACUUGGUGAAACUUAUUGGAAUUACAUUAAUACCACCUGUGCUAUCAUUGUACACGGAGUUUUGUGAUAGAGGAAGUUUGUGCUAUGUACUCCGACGUGAUUCGAUCCCGUUAAAUUGGAGUUUAAGAGUAGGCUUUUUGACAGAUCUUGCCAAUGGACUAGCCUUUCUACACAAUUAUCCACUAGUACACGGUAGAUUGUGUUCAACAAAUUGUGUUAUCAGUGAAAAAUGGACGUGUAAAAUAACUGAUUAUGGGUUGGAUAGUUUAUUUUGGCCAAAUGAUGAUGAAAAAUAUAGAACGUUUUUAGAGAAACCAGAAAAUUUAGCAUAUAUUGCACCUGAGUAUAGAGAAUAUCAAAAAUGUGAACUUGUUACCGCCGUGGAUAUAUACAGUUUUGGUACAAUUAUGUGGGAGGCAGCCACAAGAAAAGAUCCUACGGAAGAUGAUGAAUUUUUAGCAGAACCAAUGUUAAAUCAUCCAGAAUUUCCUACAAAAAGAUGUUUUGAAACAGAUUUGAAAUAUGAAGCUACAAGUGGUCCACCUAUGGAAGGGUACAACAAAAUGAUGGAAGCUUGUUGGAGUGAUAUUUCACUUAGACCAAAUUUAAAUUCAAUUAUAGAAUGGUUGAAUGAGAUUAAUCCCAGAAAGAUUAUUGCCGACGCAAGCACCGUACUUAAUAAAGAGUAUUCUAGGUGUUUAGAAUCUAUUAUUGAAGAUAGAACACAAGCACUUCGAAGUGAACAAAAAAUGGCAGACACUUUGCUAAACAGUAUGCUUCCUAAACAAGUUGUAGAAAUGCUUAGACACGGUGAAAAUGUACCACCGGAAGCAUUUGAACAGUGUACAAUAUACUUUAGUGAUAUUGUUGGCUUUACAACAAUUUCAUCAAGUUCUACACCAUUCGAGGUAGUAGAAUUUCUGAAUAAAUUAUAUACUCAGUUCGAUGAUAUAAUCGACCGAUACGAUGUUUACAAAGUAGAAACAAUCGGAGAUGCAUAUAUGGUUGCAUCUGGUGUUCCAAGAAGGAAUGGUGAACGUCAUGCUAUCGCUAUCGCUGAUAUGUCUCUUGAUUUAGUCAGUGUAUCGCAUAGUUUUGUUAUUCCGCACAAACCAAAUGAACCAUUAAAAAUUAGAGUAGGUUUACAUUCAGGUCCAGUAUGUGCCGGUGUAGUCGGUUUGAAAAUGCCAAGAUACUGUUUAUUUGGGGAUACAGUCAACACAGCUAGUCGAAUGGAAAGUACUGGAGAGGCUUACAAAAUCCAUUGCUCAGAAACAACGCACGCUAUAUUGGAACGACUUGGAGGAUUCACUUUUGAAAAACGUGGUACUAUAACGGUAAAGGGUAAAGGUGAUAUGCAAACAUGGUGGAUUACAGGACGUACUAGAGCUGAUUUAGCCAAAGACUGUUGCCCAUUACCAUUGAAUUGGAAAAAGAGAUUGAAAAAGGUGGAGUCAACGAAUAAAGAGGAAAGUCAACCAUCUACUGUUACCCUUAUCACAACAAAGCAAUUAUAAGUAGAACAAGAAAAAACAUCUGUUUAUGAGGCUGUAAUAAAAAUGAUACUAUUUGUAUUGUAAGUAUUCCACGGCUUUUUCAAAUACUUAAAGUGAACAAAAAAUGACAUCAGUGGUCGUUUAUGCAUGUUUCAAAAAUAUUUCUCUUCAGUUAUUUUAUCUAAAGAUCUUAUCAAGUCAUUUUGUGUUUCGCUUUCAUAGCUGUUGUGUGC